AUGGGAGAAGAAAAAGAAUAUAUAGAUUGUUCUAAUCUUAUUUAUAGUAAUGUAGAAGGCUUGGAAGAAAAUGAAGAAAUUAAAGUAGAAAAUUUUGUAUGUGAAAAGCAUAUGUGCUCUCGAGAAAUAGGAAAUGAAAAAUUAGAUACAGGAGUAAACCCUGAAAAAAGAAUAACGAUAGAAGAAUGUGAAAAAAAAGGAUAUUUAACAAAAAAAUUAGACUUAAAUCAUAUUAUAAUAAUAAUGGACUCUUUAUUAUUACAACAAAUAAAGCUUCUUAAGGGAAGCCAUCCUUUUUUAUCGGUCCUAAAUUGCUACUAUUUACAUAACUCAAAUAUAAUUCCUUGUAAUAAUGAUUCCUAUUUUUUUGAAAAACAUUAUUGGGAAUGGAUUAACAAAUUCUGUGCUGAUAAAAUAUAUAUUGAUAUUUUUAAAACUUCAAACAAUGAUUUUAUAAUGUUUAUGGAGAACGAAAAGAAAUCACCAACGCUACCAAAGGAUGGUGAAGGAAAUAUAGAUGAAACCGAUAAUAAAAAUAAAAUUGGCAAUAAUAGAAAUGAUAAUGAAAAUUGGGGGGAUGAAAAAUAUAAAUCAAUAUGUAAAGAAAAUUAUAUAAAGGAUAACAUAUUUAUUUUUUUUCAACUUUUUUUAAUUUGUUACUGUUCUAGUACUGAAAUAAUUGAUAAAAUUUUAGCAGACAAUGAAUUAAUACAUAGUGAUGAUUAUAAAAGUGGUAUGUUCAAAAUAAGUGAGACAUUAAUUUAUAUGUGCCGAAAAAAACGUUCAUACAUUUUGAAAAAUAUAGUUCUUAUAAAACGAUGUUUUAACAAAUUUCUGAUAAAAUUUGAAGAAAUAAAAAACGCGAAAUUAUCUAAAAAAGGGAAAAAUUCAAAGAAAGGAAAUACAUCAAUAGAUGAAAAUGAGAAAUUAAUUUAUAUGAUUUUAAAAAGGGUUAAAUUUAUUGUAUAUUUUGUUUCUAUACUAAGCAAAAUAGCAUUUGAAACAUCUGAUACAAAUUUUGAAACAGUAAAAGAUGAUUGUACCCAAAUCUUAAAAUGCAUACAUGAUAUAAAUAAAGACGCAAAUUUUUUAAAUAAUAUUUUUGAUGAUAAUAAAAAUAUUAUUCCAAAAUAUUUUAAUAACUUUUUUUUAAUGAAUAAAUUAAACAAUAUCUCAAAGAAUGAUACAAACAUAUGUGUGAAAGGGGUUUAUGACUUUUAUGAGCAUAUAAAUACUAAUAUAGAGUAUAUAGUAAAAAAUUUCGAGUACAUAAAUCCUAAGUCUAUUUUUUUAGAUAUUGUUAAUAUUAUUCAUUAUAUAAAAUAUUAUUCAAACAGCAAUGAUAUUUUAACAAAAUCGAUAGCAAGAAUUGUUUUAUAUCAAAUUAUGAACAUGUCAAAGACCCGUUUUGAUGGAGUGGAAUAUAAUUUAUUAAUCCGCCAAAUAAAUAAAGGUGGAAAUCCACAGGAAAUGAAUAAGUCAAUUGAAAAUAUGAACAAGGAUGAAAAUCUAAAUAAAUGUAAGAAUGAUGAUAUUUUUGAAAAGAGAGAAGUUAAUGACGAAAUGGGAUUAACUGAAGGGGGUGUAUCAUAUGGAGAAUGGAACAAUCUCAUGAAAGAUGAAGAGAAAAAAAAUGAAGGAAAUAUUAAGAAUGAUGUAGUCAAAUUAUCUAAAGUUUCUUCUGAAAUUUGCAAAGAACCGUGUGUAGAAAACGAACACGAAGAAAACGGAGAAAUGUUUGAUAUUCACGAUCCUGAUGUUAUUAAAAAAUAUUAUACGAUGUUUUUAAAUAAAUAUAUAAAAGAAGAAAGUAAAUAUCCAUAUUAUAAAAAUAUGAAUAAAGAAUUAGAAAAUAAUAUUAAAGAUAAUAUAUUUGUUAAUUUUUUUCUAAAUGUAUAUUUUAGUGACACAUACGCAAUAUUAGAAACUAUAGAGGAAACUAGUCAUCCAAAAAAGAUAACCAAUGCAAAUUUUUAUGUAAAAAAUAUAAUUUUUAAUGAUUUACAAUUUUUUGGAUUUUCACCAUCAUUGAUAAUUCUAUUUAUAAAUUUUGUUAAUAUCCAUGAAAUAUUUUUUAUGAGAAUUGAAGAAAUGCUAAAAAUAGACAAAGCGCUGAAUUAUAAAGGUUGUGAUAAAUAUAAAAAAUAUUUAAAAGAAGUAUUUAAUGCAAAAUGGUUAAAAAUAUUUGAACUUAAAUUACGAUAUUAUUUUCCUUAUUUAAUAAAUUAUAUGGAAAAAGAUAUAUCCUCUAUAGAGUUACUAAUUUUACUCGACGAGUUUAUUGACAACCUUGAAAUGGGGCCAUCAGAAAAUUCAUAUGAGAUAAGUGAAAAUAAGGAUAAUAUUAAAGUUGAUAAUUUGAAUAAAGACAAUACAAUUUCAAUUAAUAAUAAUAUAUAUGAUAAGGGUGUAGAUAUGAAUAGUGUAACAAAAAACCGACUAAAAUUUUUGAUAAUGUGUAAAAUAUUUAAUUUAUUUUUUGAUUAUGCUCAAAUAAUUGUAUCAAAAAUAUUAAAUUAUUCCUUUUUGUUAGGCUCUAGAGAGCAUACAAAGUUAAUGAACUUUCAUAAAGAUAUACAUAUAUUAUACACCUUAAUGAGAAUAACAAUUUGUUAUUUUACAUUAUACAAUAUGAAAAAAGAAGUGGACAGUAUAGAAAAUUAUUUUAAUUCACUUGUUAAUAAUAUAUUAAUUGAUUAUAACUGUUUAAGUAUUUAUAUAAAUUUAAAUUCAGGUCAAGAAUAUGCCUUUACAUACUAUGCUUUAUCUAUGUGUUACAAAGAAUUAUUAAAUACUUUACAAAAACAUAAUGUUUCAAAAAAUAAUUCUGAACAGAUUAGUAAAAUAUCUGUUUAUUCAUUAUAUUAUUAUAUAUUGCAUUUAUAUUCGGAUUUUUUGAUGAUAUAUUUUAUUUACAUUUCUUAUACUAAUAAAAAUGUGGAGAAAAUUGAACAUAAUUCAUAUGAUAUGAAAUAUAAGGAUUGGAAUUUUUGUUGUCCAGAUGUUUGCAAAAUUGAUUUUAAUGAUUUUCAAAAAAAUAAAUAUCUACUUAUUAAUUCUUUAUUAAAAAAGGAAUUAAAUAUUGAAUACACCGAUAAGAAUGAAAUUAUUAUAGGGGCUAAAAAAGGAAUCAAGAACAUUGAGCAAAUCAAAAAAAAUUACAGUCUUUCUGAAGAACUUGUUCAAAAAUAUACAGAAUUAGUAGAUAUUAAUAAUCCUUUUAUAGAUUUUAAAUUUAAUAUAUUUAACACAAAAUAUAAAGACAUAGAUAUAGAUUCAUAUUUUAAACAAUUUAUUCAUAACAUAAAUAAAUGUAUAAAGGAAUGUCUCUACAAUAAUAAUAGCAAAUAUAACUAUAUUAAUAUGUAUUUAAAUGCCUACUCUUCAAAUAUGAAGAAAUCUUACAAGAAUAUUCCUCCUUUUUGUAUCGAAAAUAUUUCUUCUUUUUUAAACCCUCAAUAUGAAGUGGUGAGUAAUCAUCCCUACUUUUUAAGUGUUCGCCAAAAAAUAAAAAAAUAA